UGGGUCAGGACGUUAACUCAAGAAAUGCAUUCCCAGGGUUCUCCCUCAGACAAGACCUCUGUUGCACUCUUGAUGGGGGCAGGGUGAGUCACUGUGUUCAAAGUACUUUCAUCUCCUCCUCCUCCUGCAUCAUUCCAGUGUCUGCCAAGGACUGACCCUGUCUUUGGAGAGCCUCCUCUAUUCUCUGUCUCUUAGACGUUCCACAGACCAAGCAAUGGAGAAAGAACAGAAGCUUAUUCCACCGUCUAGAGGCUGGGAAGUCCAAGACCAAGGAGCCACAUGACGGAAGGAGAGAAACAUCUCCGGAAAGUUAUUCUCUGACCUCUGAAUGUGAGCGGAGGCACCUGCACAGCCCCGCCAAACAAACAGAUUUAAAUGUAAUUUGAAAGCAUUUAAAAACCCGGAGUUAAAGAACUUGCUCCGGCUUGCUCGUGUAACAAGCAGACCCCCAGCAGACAUCACACGCUGGUACCUUGGUCUUGGACUUCCCAGCCUCUAGACGGUGGAAUAAGCUUCUGUUCUUUCUCCAUUGCUUGGUCUGUGGAACGUCUAAGAGACAGAGAAUAGAGGAGGCUCUCCAAAGACAGGGACAUUGGAUCUGGGACUCAGGACCUCCCUUCCUGCACUGCAGGCAGAUACCUCAAGAUGGAGAGGAACGUGUUUCUGCCAGCAUUCUGGCUGCUCCACCUUCUCCUUCUGGGAAGUGGUUCCAGUCAGAGCAACACAAGCUCUGUCCCUGGACCAACCACAUCCAAUCCCUCUGGAGUUACCACUCCUGGGAUAAGUACAGCAGCGAUGCAUCCUGGCUCAGGUGGGACUGGUACAGCAGCAACCUCCAGUGUCACCGACACGGUGGCGACAACCUCCGAUGUUAACAACACAACUGUGACAACCUCCAAUGCCACCAACACAGUGGUGACAACCUCCAAUGUCACCGACACAGCAUUGACAACUUCUAAUGUCACCGACACAGCAUUGACAACUUCUAAUGUCACUGACACAGCAGUGACAACCUCUGAUGUUAACAAUACAACCGUGACAACCUCCAAUGUCACCAGCACAAGCCCAACCAGCCCAGGGAGUGAGGGAAACCCGAAGGGCCAGCUGAGGCCCUGGAAAGUUGCCCUAACUGCUCUGGCUUCUGUGGGAAUGGCUGUGAUUCUUGCUGUGGGGCUUGCCGUCGGUCUCAGAAGCUGUCCUUGCCUGAGGAACCUCAACAGAGGCCGCUACCACCCCCACAGUGCUGCCACAGGCCACACCCUCUCUGUCCUGGAGGGCCCUGAGGAGGAGGGAGGGAGCUGACCUGGAGGACCAGGACCCCAAGGAACAGCACCUCCCCAGGUCUGCUGCAGCCCCACAGCCUCCCUCCUGCUUGGUGCCCCCCGAAGGACGAUAGUCUGGCUGUGACUGGUCAAUAAAUGCAUCUAAUGCAGGUGCCAGGCUGUGGGUCUCACUGCGAGGAGCAUGUGCCGCAGCCCAGGCUUCUCCUUGGCUUUUCUGUCGCUGUGGUAAAACACUCUCACCAAAAGCAGCUUGGGGAGGA